AUGGAGGAAGUACGAAGCAAUAAGCUAGGAAGAGUUACACUCAAAACUCAGUACCGAUUACCAACUUAUACGCAACAAGAGUUGCCAGAUGCAUUCUGGACAGGGAGAAAUGGAUACACAAGAAGAGAGCCAGCUUCAUUCUGUUGCCAGUCUCUGGAUGUCCUUGGCAGCCCAAUGGAGUAUCUGUCUCGCUCAUGGAGCCCAGCAGCCUCUGACUUCCUAAGCAUUUUCACAUCAAAUAAUCUGUUAAUUCCUAUAGAGGAUAGCUGUUCUCAAGGAAAGCCUGAUGAGGAGCAAAAUGAGGGUUGUGGAACAGGAGAUCAUGAUGGAGAAUCAGAAACUGUGGAAACAAAAGAAAUCGAGAGGCCCCACCCAGCUGUCUAUAAGAAGCAUCCAACAAUUGAUCUGAGCAGGCUAAACUUGAAGGAUGUAAAAGGAUGGUUAAGAGGCAAACCUUUAGCCAGCCUACUCAAGUGGUACAAGGACAGGAAGAAAGAGGAGCUUCGAUUGCACACAGCCAAAGUAGAUGCUGCCCUAUCUGUUGCACGUUUGGCUGCAGCAAUUGCUGGCAUCACAAGCAGCAGCAGCAUAGGUGUAGAUGAUAUCAGCAGGCACAAUAAUAGGAGCAUGGUGGCUUAUGACAAUAACAUGGGAAACGUCCUUUCUUUUGCUGCAAGUCUGGUGGCUGCUGUCUGUGCAGAAGCUGCGGAGUCAGCGGGUGCACCCAGAGACCAGGUUGCCUCUGUCAUCAACUCUGGUUUUGCAAACCAAACGCCAGAUGACAUGAUCACACUAACAGCCACAGCUGCAACAUGUUUAAGAGGAGCCGCAACACUCAGAUCAAGAACCAUCGUAAAUUCCUAUCUGGAAAAGACUGAAGAGCUGCUGAAUUCCAGGACUGCAAUGCCGGUAGUCACACCUUCUGGGCAAAAGAGGCAAAGAUUAGUAUCAGUCCAUCUGAAACACAGGCAGCUGAUAUUGAGUCUCACAAUAAAGUAUUUGGGAGCGGUUCUCACAUCAAAAGAGUACAGAAUUUUGGAUAUGUUGGAAGAAGCUCAUGAAGCCCGUGGCUACUUCUUGCUCAGCUUCCAAACUGAAAGAGGCGACAUCAAGCUGUUGUUCCGCAGUGAGGAUCAAGCAAUCGUGUGGACAUCAGCCGUAUCUAAUUGCCUGCAUCUUUGUUCCCUCGGCAACGACAAAAGUCAGAUUAGAGAAUGA